AUGGUUCCUGCCGCCGCCUGCGUUCUCCUGCUCACCCUGGCAGCCCUCCGUGCGUCGGGCCAGGGCCAGAUACAGAUAGGUGCAGAUCUGGGCCCGCAGAUGCUUCGGGAACUUCAGGAAACCAACGCGGCUCUGCAGGAUGUGCGGGAGCUGUUGCGGCAGCAGGUCAAGGAGAUCACGUUUCUGAAAAACACAGUGAUGGAGUGUGACGCGUGCGGGAUGCAGCCAGCGCGCACCCCAGGCCUGAGCGUGCGGCCCCUCUCCCAGUGCGCGCCCGGCUUCUGCUACCCAGGCGUGGUUUGCACUCAGACGGCAAGCGGCGCGCGCUGUGGACCUUGCCCCGCGGGCUUCACUGGCAAUGGCUCGCACUGUGUCGACGUCAACGAGUGCAACGCCCAUCCCUGCUUCCCGCGCGUCCGCUGCAUCAACACUAGCCCCGGCUUCCGCUGCGAGGCUUGCCCGCCCGGGUUCAGCGGCCCCGCCCACGAGGGCGUGGGGCUGGCCUUCGCCAAAGCCAACAAGCAGGUUUGCACGGACAUUAACGAGUGUGAGACCGGACAGCAUAACUGCGUCCCCAACUCCGUGUGCGUCAAUACCCGGGGCUCCUUCCAGUGCGGCCCUUGCCAGCCCGGCUUCGUGGGCGACCAGGCAUCUGGCUGCCAUCGGCGCUCACAGCGCUUCUGCCCCGACGGCACGCCCAGCCCGUGCCACGAGAAGGCCGACUGCAUCCUGGAACGCGAUGGCUCGAGGUCGUGCGUGUGCGCCGUUGGCUGGGCCGGCAACGGCCUCGUCUGCGGCCGAGACACGGAUUUGGACGGCUUCCCCGACGAGAAGCUGCGCUGCCCGGAACGCCAGUGCCGCAAGGACAACUGCGUGACGGUGCCCAACUCAGGGCAAGAGGACGUGGAUCGCGACGGCAUCGGAGACGCCUGCGACCCGGAUGCCGACGGGGACGGGGUCCUCAAUGAGCAGGACAACUGUAAACUGGUGCGGAACCCAGACCAGCGCAAUGCGGACGGCGAUAAGUGGGGUGAUGCGUGCGACAACUGCCGGUCCCAGAAGAACGAUGACCAAAAGGACACAGAUCAGGACGGCAAAGGCGACGCCUGCGACGACGACAUCGACGGCGACCGGAUCCGAAAUACGGUGGACAACUGCCCAAGGGUGCCGAACUCAGACCAGAAGGACAGCGAUGGUGAUGGUGUAGGGGAUGCCUGUGACAACUGCCCCCAGAAGAGCAACGCAGACCAGAGUGAUGUGGACCACGACUUUGUGGGAGACGCUUGCGACAGCGACCAAGACCAGGAUGGGGAUGGGCACCAGGACUCAAGGGACAACUGCCCUACAGUACCAAAUAGUGCCCAGCAGGAUUCAGAUCACGAUGGCCAGGGUGACGCCUGCGACGAGGAUGAUGACAACGACGGGGUCCCUGACAGUCGGGACAACUGCCGCCUGGUGCCCAACCCAAAUCAGGAAGAUGUAGACCGGGACGGAGUGGGCGACGUGUGCCAGGGCGACUUCGACGCGGACAAAGUGGUGGACAAGAUCGAUGUGUGUCCGGAGAACGCCGAGGUCACCCUCACUGACUUCCGGGCCUUCCAGACGGUCGUGCUGGACCCCGAAGGCGACGCUCAGAUAGAUCCCAACUGGGUGGUGCUCAACCAGGGUAUGGAGAUCGUGCAGACGAUGAACAGCGACCCUGGCCUGGCUGUGGGUUACACGGCCUUCAAUGGCGUGGACUUUGAAGGCACGUUCCACGUGAACACGGCCACGGAUGACGACUACGCAGGCUUCAUCUUUGGCUACCAGGACAGCUCCAGCUUUUAUGUGGUUAUGUGGAAGCAGAUGGAACAGACAUACUGGCAGGCGAAUCCUUUCCGUGCAGUGGCUGAACCCGGCAUUCAGCUCAAGGCUGUGAAGUCCUCCACAGGCCCCGGGGAGCAGCUGCGGAAUGCACUCUGGCACACGGGGGACACAGCGUCGCAGGUGCGGCUGCUGUGGAAGGACCCCCGCAACGUGGGUUGGAAGGACAAGACGUCCUACCGCUGGUUCCUGCAGCACCGGCCUCAAGUGGGCUACAUCAGAGUGCGGUUCUACGAGGGCCCUGAGCUGGUGGCUGACAGCAACGUGGUCCUGGACACGACCAUGAGGGGUGGCCGCCUGGGGGUCUUUUGCUUCUCCCAAGAGAACAUCAUCUGGGCCAAUCUGCGUUACCGCUGCAAUGACACCAUCCCUGAGGACUACGAGACUCAGAGGCUGCUGCAGGCCUAGGGAUGGGCGUGGGGACCCACUGCUGGAAGAAGGUCACCCCCAGGGCUGCCCUCAGCACGCCAAGCAGGGAGCUCAGUGCCCGGCUCCGAGGGGUGGCUGGACUGGGGGAGGGAAGGCUGAGGGGCUCAGAGAGGACAAAAUAAAGUGUGUGCGGUGGA